GAAUGGCUACAGUUUGCUUCAGUGACUGUUGUUAGCUCGCUGAUAAAAGAUGACGCAGUGUUUUGGUUGUUUUACCCUUUAAAUUCCAAACGGCAUAAACUACAAAACAUCCGAUCAACGCUAAAACAGUGGUGUUUUCACGCCUCCUCUCCUCCCUGACGCCAGGGGAUGGGGGGAUGAUCUGCACCGACCACCCUCCGCCUCCACCUGCUCCGCUCCUCCAGCGCCGCUCAGGAUGCGGGCCCCGGGGCUCGGCCAGGCUGCGUUCUUCUCGGGCCUGAUGGUGCUGAGCCACUGUCUGACAGGAUCCCCUCUGUGUCCUCGGAGCCUAGACUGCGCCCAGGCCGGCCGUCACUUCUGCCUCCCGGGCGGCUCCCGCUGCGGCCCCUGCCUCCGCCCGCUGGUGGAGGACUCCCACGGCCGCUGUGUCAGGAGGAGGCACGCUGCUCACUCAGCCCCAAUCACUGAAGCUAAGAUGAGCUCCGACCCAGACCUGGAUCAGGAGAUCGACUUCCUGUCUGCCAUCAUCAGUGAACAGAGGACGGAGUCCAGGCUGCCAGCUCCGUCCUCGCUGGAUGUCUCCCAGCCUGAAUCCCAGCAGGCCAGCGAUGCUGCGUCAGACAGAGCGCGUGCGACGGAGCAGCCCAGCAGCCAGCGUGUGGCGUUCAGGAGCACGGCUCCACCCAGCAGCACCACCCGCCUCAGCACCGCCAUCCUCCCCUACACCUCCGACGACCAGGUCUUCAUCGGUGAGUCCUGCUCUGCAUUAGGGUCUGAAGCAGGAGUGUUCGUUCAGCAGAAUGUACAAAUACCCAGGAAAACCACUGAGCAAAAUCCCAGGAAUCAUUUGCCCAGAAGCAACAAGAAGUCAGCAAAGCAUUCAGCUCACUGUAUCCCAGCGUCUGGAUUGGCCGGUGCUGUAGAGAACACGGCGUGUAUUUACUGGCCAUGGUUCUGCCUCGCUCCUUCAGUCAGAACCAUGUCUGUGUCUGCAGCGCUCUCGCUCCCUCUCACUGUCUGCGUGUGUCUCUUCACAGUCAUGAGCAGCGUCUUCAUCGCGGCCAGUUCUCUGGCUCUGAUCGUUGCAGGAGCCUGUUGGGUCAGGUUGCAGAAAGGUUUUACUAAGAAGGUGAACUAUCCUGCCUAUGGACUGGUCACAACCCAGAACUUUGAUAAAUUGCCUGGGGACAAGAAGCUGGCCCACAGUGCCCAGAUGUAUCACUACCAGCACCAGAAGCAGCAGAUGCUGUCGCUGGAGAAACACAGGGAGGAGCCAAAGGUUCCGGACUCUGGAGCAUCAACGGAUGAGGAGAACGAGGAUGGAGACUUCACCGUGUACGAGUGUCCGGGGUUAGCGCCCACGGGGGAGAUGGAGGUGAAGAACCCGCUGUUCGACGACUCCACCCUGUACCUUCAAAGGUUCCACAAGUAACCUGGGCAUCCACAUACACACGCACGCACACAGACGCACACACAUACACACGCACACACACACUCACACAGACGCACACACGCACACAGACACAAACAGACAGACACACACACAUGCACGCACACAGACACAUACACGCACACAGGCACACACACAUGCACGCAUACACGCACACAGACACGAAAACACAGACACACACACACACAGACGCACACACAGACACAGAGACACACAGACACACACAACCGCACACAGGCACACACACAUGCACGCAUACACGCACACAGACACGCACGCACACGCGCACACACAGGCACUCGCACACAGACACGCACGCACACGCGCACACACACAGUCCCACCCUGCUAAUGGAGAUGAUGAACAAGGAGGAGUGAGGCGUUCAUGGACAAUGGGGACAACAGAUCUGAUUAGCGUUGUUGACUCUUGUCUCCAGUUUUUCAGCUUAAGGCUCUUUUUAUGCUUGUUUUCUUUUUGUUUUCUUUUACUUAAGCAUCUGAAUAUGAAGUUACUGGUGCAGAGCAAAGUGCCCCUGAGCUUCAGCUGAAUGUUCUCAAUGAACAUUCAAUGUUUAUUGGUUUUAUUUGACUUUUAUUUGACCAACACAUGUCUGUGAUCUGUCAUGUAGCCAUCGUGUUCUCAGUGAAUCUGCUCUAUGCAUGUGUUGAUGAUGCUGUGAUAUGCAUUUACACUUACAAGUUUCCUGUGCAAACUUGCUAAUGAUGAUUAUAUAGAUAAAAACUUGAUUCAAUUCAAAGGAAUUUGAUUACCUUGAACUCUGGGACAGAGUGAGUCCUUCCUGUAUGUGGUUUUGUGAUGUGUUUAUACAGUAGCUGCUGCUGACGUACAGGUUGAGAUGUGACCUCCUCCACGCUGUGUUUGUACACGUUCCUCCAGCGGUUUCCAGUUGUUUGCGCUUGGAAGAACUCGUCCACGGACUGAUCACAUGUUUGAACUGUUACUGAAACAUGAUGCUUAGUCGCUGCACAGGCAGACGCAGGCUUUGUUUCAAAGCUUCCUGACCCUUAACAGACGAUGAUGAACAAAGCGCUGACGGGGCUGUAGGUGUAAAGUGAGUCACUCUGGCGUCAGGACCGAGCAGCCAUGAACGCUCUGCAGCAAGCCGCUCACGCUGACGUCAAACAGCACGGCAUCGUUACAGAACUGGCAGCAGCUAAAGCGCCUCAAUAGUUUCAACUGUUGCAUCUUUACCAUUUCAGCACUCGUUUAUGAAUGUUUGUCCUGACAGAGCAUCGUGAGUCUGUUGCAAAUUCCCCUGAUGCUCAACGUGCAUCCUUCUGAUAAAGUCACUCUGACACACUGCAUUUCCUGCUGGGGACCAACGUGCAUCCGUGUAGAUACUCAACAGCUCCAUAGCUCUGUAGCAGUUUGCACUGGACGUUCAGCGUAACCUCGUCAUGAAGGAACCUGCUGCGCGGCCGCCCUGUGGCUGUUUGCUGGCCUGGCUUGGUGGAUCUUCUGCUUCUCUCAGCCAACUCACACCUCAGACCACAGAGUCACAGCAGAUCACACAUCUGGUGACGCGUCUGCAUCGCUUCACUCGUUUGGCAGGGAUGUAACUGUCGUCUCAGGAAAGCCACCGUCUGUGGCCCCUCUUCUCAGCCUGCUCCUACUGUCACACACACACACACACACACACACCACAGAGUAUUAACACUGGACAUCUGUUUUACAGACUGUUUUCCUCCAGUCCACUGAGCUCGUGGCACUAAUUGAUUGAGAAAAGGUCCAAAUCUCCUGUUUUUGCCUUUUUUGAAAAUGUUCCAUAGCUCAAACUCUAGAACAAGUAACUACCUAUGGGUCAGUUCUCUUUGAUACCGACUGUUUUCACACUAUAUAAUGUUCUACAUAGUGAGAAUGUGUUUACCACUAUGUCUAGCCUGCAUGUGGAUAUACCAGAUACAAAGAAAUAAAUAUUUAUAUAAAGUAGAAAA